GCUUGUUAUUGCUCAGGUUCAGACGGUAUGGAGCAGUGUGCGUGUGUGGAGCGGGAGCUGGAGAAGGUGCUCCAUAGGUUUGUCAUGUACGGACACCAGUCAGAGGAACGGCUGGACGAACUACUACGCAGCGUCUGUGAGCUACGGGGACAGCUGGUCACAUUCGGUAAGGCCAAGCCACCUCCACGCUCUAGUUUAGAAGUAGUGUCCGCUCCAGUCAUCCAGUCAUUUGCAGGUGCAUGGUACAAAAUUAAAGAAUAAUAGAUUCCUGCACACACUGUUAAAGGCCCCAUAUUUGAGGAAUUUGAUGCAAGAGUAUAACUAAAGCACGGAACAAUAUGCAAUUAAGUUAUUUAAACAAUUUGGCCCUAGAGAAAUUAAACAUUGCUUUGCUCCGGUUGCGUGCCAUGACUCAUGAGUGUUCAGGCACAGAAGUGAUUCAUAGGUUUCUUAAUGUACAUUUCAACAAGACUGCUUUUAGCCUUUUAAACCUUUAAUGUUAUGACUUGUUUUAACCUGAUUGCUCUCUUCUUCAGAGCAGAGACAUAUAUUUAGGGAGUUGGGCCAACUUUUAGGAUCUUCUGUAAUGUUCUACCUUUCCUCUCUUUAAUAUUGUUCUAAUUCUAGACAUUCAGUUACAUAGCAUUGUUGAAAUAUUCCCAUGUAAUGGCAAUGGGGUGCUAACCAUAUAAAUAUGUAAGGGAGAAUCAACGAGGGGCUAUGCGUUCUCUGGAAAAUAAUGAACGAUGUGGAACUAACCUUCCACAGAUUUGCGUUAUUUACCAGAGAACGCAUAGUGGCCCGAGUUGAUUAUCCCUUUUAUACCAUGGCUAUAAUUUACCACAUUUACCACUAGAAAUGUGUUCAUUUACCACUAGAUAUGUGUUCAUUUACCACUAGAAAUGUGUUCAUUUACCACUAGAAAUGUGUUCAUUUGCCGGUGGAAAUGUGUUCAACAUCCACUGAAGUAGCUAGUUGCCUUGGUAACCAAACAAACAGACUUGCUAGUUUAGCUAACCAAACCGCCAGUCCUAGCUUGCUAUUACGAAAAUCGAAUUCAACAAUGCCAAUAAUCUUUUCAAUCCGACUUUUGCUUUCAAAAGCAGCUCGAACAUGUAAGAAUGAACUAUAGCCAUUGAAUUCUACCGCUCAAGAAUGCUCUUCAAGCCAUUCAGAAAUGAGUAUUCAACGAUGCCAUGGUAUAAGUCAUUAUAUUUCUAUGGCGCCAACAUGGCUGCCAUAGAAUUUUGUGUCAUGUCAAUGCAGAACCCUUCAAUGUACCAACUCUUCUAAAUAAUGGCUCUCUUUCAGGGGUACAAGAUGCAGAUCUGUCGGUGCUAUCUCAGACGAUGGCCCAGUGCUGUAAGAACAUUAAAGAAACGGUACAGCUGCUGGCCUCCAGACACAAGGACAUCCACGGCAGUGUCUCCAAAGUCGGCAAAGCUAUCGACAGGGUAAGAGUUUCCCAAUAAAUGCUUUAAUUAUAGGAUCUUUACAUUUUAGAAAAUAUAAAUGUUAACACAACUUCCUUGUGGUUGAAGCCAAUAUUAUUGGAAAAUAAAUCAGGAUAAAGAAAAAAAUUACCUUAAGCACACAAGGGAGAAAUUUCAGCAGAUUCUGGGUGUUUUAUUUCCACUUAUACUUUGGCUGUUUCCUGGUUGUGUUGCUGUAGAACUUUGAUGCAGAGGUGAGUGCAGUAGUGGCAGAGACAGUGUGGGACUCACCUGAGAGACAGAAGUACUUGAGUGAGACCAUCGUGGAACACCUGUACAGACAAGGCAUGCUGAGCGUGGCAGAAGACCUAUGUCAGGUAAACAGAACAACUGAGAUGAAACAAAAGCCUGCACACCCUGUUGGUCCCCAGAACCAGAAUUGAAGAACUUUGGUGUAUUUCAUAUGUAUUAACUUCUCUGUUGUGUGUGUGUGUGUCCCAGGAGUCUGGAGUAGUGAUUGACAUGAGUAUGAAGCAGCCGUUCUUGGAACUCAACAGGAUCCUGGAGGCUUUGAGGAUGCAGGACCUCAGACCAGCACUAGAGUAUGUACUGUAUCUCCUCUCUGUUAUAUACUGACCUCAGACCAGCACUAGAGUAUGUACUGUACCUCCUCUAUCGCCUCUCUGUUAUAUACUGACCUCAGACCAGCACUACAGUAUGUACUGUACCUCCUCUCUAUCUCCUCUCUGUUAUAUACUGACCUCAGACCAGCACUACAGUAUGUACUGUACCUCCUCUCUAUCUCCUCUCUGUUAUAUACUGACCUCAGACCAGCACUACAGUAUGUACUGUAUCUCCUCUCUGUUAUAUACUGACCUCAGACCAGCACUACAGUAUGUACUGUUCCUCCUCUAUCUCCUCUCUGUUAUAUACUGACCUCAGACCAGCACUACAGUAUGUACUGUACCUCCUCUCUAUCUCCUCUCUGUUAUAUACUGACCUCAGACCAGCACUACAGUAUGUACUGUUCCUCCUCUAUCUCCUCUCUGUUAUAUACUGACCUCAGACCAGCACUACAGUAUGUACUGUUCCUCCUCCAUCUCCUCUCUGUUAUAUACUGACCUCAGACCAGCACUACAGUAUGUACUGUACCUCCUAUCUCCUCUCUGUUAUAUACUGAUCUCAGACCAGCACUACAGUAUGUACUGUACCUCCUCUCUAUCUCCUCUCUGUUAUAUACUGACCUCAGACCAGCACUACAGUAUGUACUGUACCUCCUCUCUAUCUCUUCUCUGUUAUAUACUGACCUCAGACCAGCACUACAGUAUGUACUGUACCUCCUCUCUAUCUCCUCUCUGUUAUAUACUGACCUCAGACCAGCACUACAGUAUGUACUGUUCCUCCUCUAUCUCCUCUCUGUUAUAUACUGACCUCAGACCAGCACUACAGUAUGUACUGUACCUCCUCUCUAUCUCCUCUCUGUUAUAUACUGACCUCAGACCAGCACUACAGUAUGUACUGUACCUCCUCUCUAUCUCCUAUCUGUUAUAUACUGACCUCAGACCAGCACUAGAGUAUGUACUGUACCUCCUCUAUCUCCUCUCUGUUAUAUACUGACCUCAGACCAGCACUACAGUAUGUACUGUACCUCCUCUAUCUCCUCUCUGUUAUAUACUGACCUCAGACCAGCACUACAGUAUGUACUGUACCUCCUCUCUAUCUCCUCUCUGUUAUAUACUGACCUCAGACCAGCACUACAGUAUGUACUGUACCUCCUCUAUCUCCUCUCUGUUAUAUACUGACCUCAGACCAGCACUACAGUAUGUACUGUACCUCCUAUCUCCUCUCUGUUAUAUACUGACCUCAGACCAGCACUACAGUAUGUACUGUACCUCCUCUAUCUCUGUGUGGAGUUCAAUGUGAAUCAAACCCCUCUUCGAUCAUUUUGAGCCAUUCAGUAACUGAUUAACUUUAGAAUAGUGAACACAAUUGAGAUCUGAAAGACUUGAAGACACCCAGUCAGGGUUGGGGUCAAUGCCAGGGUUGAAGGUCAAUUAAAAUUUCGGUGGACUUCCUGAAUUGAUUGAAUUGAAAUUGAAUUGAGCCCAACCCUGGGGUCUAUUCACUAGGAGCCAAACAGAACCAAACUGAAGAAAACGGAAGGAAACGGGAGGGACCUACCUGAAUUUGUCCAAUAGCAAUUCUUGUUUUCAGUUUGCAACUGUUUGCUAUGGUGUGCACUAAUGAUUACAAGCGUCUCUCUCCCUGGCUCCAGGUGGGCGGUAACAAACCGGCAGCGCCUGCUGGACCUGAACAGUACCCUGGAGUUCAAGCUGCACCGCCUCUACUUCAUCAGCCUGUUAAACGGAGGCAUCACCAACCAGCUGGAGGCGCUACAGUACGCCAGGCACUUCCAGCCCUUCGCCUCACAGCACCAGAGAGGUAGGGGACACAGACAGCCUGGGCCCUGUUCAGGUCAGGAGGGUGGGACAGAUAUACAUGUAUAGUGUAGAGCAGAUAUAUGGUGGUCUGAACGGAGACACUAACAGUCCUUCACCUCAUAGCACCAGAGAGGUAGGGACAGAGACAUACCCUGGCUGGAGCCUCCUGGUGGUCUUGAAGAGAGGUAGGGACAGAGACAUACCUGGCUGGAGCCUCCUGGUGGUCUUGAAGAGAGCUAGGGACAGAGACAUACCUGGCUGGAGCCUCCUGGUGGUCUUGAAGAGAGGUAGGGACAGAGACAUACCUGGCUGGAGCCUCCUGGUGGUCUUGAAGAAAGGUAGGGACAGAGACAUACCUGGCUGGAGCCUCCUGGUGGUCUUGAAGAGAGGUAGGGACAGAGACAUACCUGGCUGGAGCCUCCUGGUGGUCUUGAAGAGAGGUAGGGACAGAGACAUACCUGGCUGGAGCCUCCUGGUGGUCUUGAAGAGAGGUAGGGACAGAGACAUACCUGGCUGGAGCCUCCUGGUGGUCUUGAAGAGAGGUAGGGACAGAGACAUACCUGGCUGGAGCCUCCUGGUGGUCUUGAAGAGAGGUAGGGACAGAGACAUACCUGGCUGGAGCCUCCUGGUGGUCUUGAAGAGAGGUAGGGACAGAGACACCUGGCUGGAGCCUCCUGGUACCUGGCUGGAGCCUCCUGGUGGUCUUGAAGAGAGGUAGGGACAGAGACAUACCUGGCUGGAGCCUCCUGGUGGUCUUGAAGAGCUUUUUGACAGGGAUCAUGUUCGUUAGGCACCAAACGGAAGAAAAUAAACUUGAAACAGGGAGGGACUACCUGUCCAAUAAGAAACCCUCAUUUUUGUUUUCACUGCAAAGCAUUUUCCAUUUCAAUAACUUUCUUACAAGACUUCAUAGCUUCUUUCUCUUACCAGCUGACUAACUGCUCACCAUACUCCUUCCUCCCUCCUUAUUGACCACUGUCUCCUCUGACAUCCUUCAUGACCACUGUCUCCUCUCAGACAUCCUUAUUGACCACUGUCUCCUCUCAGACAUCCUUCAUGACCACUGUCUCCUCUCAGACAUCCUUCAUGACCACUGUCUCCUCUCAGACAUCCUUAUUGACCACUGUCUCCUCUCAGACAUCCUUCAUGACUACUGUCUCCUCUCAGACAUCCUUCAUGACUACUGUCUCCUCUCAGACAUCUUUUAUGACUACUGUCUCCUCUCAGACAUCCUUCAUGACUACUGUCUCCUCUCAGACAUCCUUCAUGACCACUGUCUCCUCUCAGACAUCCUUCAUGACCACUGUCUCCUCUCAGACAUCCUUCAUGACCACUGUCUCCUCUCAGACAUCCUUCAUGACUACUGUCUCCUCUCAGACAUCCUUCAUGACUACUGUCUCCUCUCAGACAUCCUUCAUGACUACUGUCUCCUCUCAGACAUCCUUCAUGACUACUUUCUCCUCUCCUCUGACAUCCUUCCUCCAUCCUUCAUGACCACUGUCUCCUCUCCCCCCAGACAUACUUAAUAACAGUGUCUCCUCUCUCCCAGACAUCCUUAAUAACAGUGUCUCCUCUCCCCCAGACAUCCUUAAUAACAGUGUCUCCUCUCCCCCAGACAUACUUAAUAACAGUGUCUCCUCUCCCCCAGACAUCCUUAAUAACAGUGUCUCCUCUCUCCCAGACAUACUUAAUAACAGUGUCUCCUCUCCCCCAGACAUUCUUAAUAACAGUGUCUCCUCUCCCCCAGACAUCCUUAAUAACAGUGUCUCCUCUCCCCCAGACAUCCUUAAUAACAGUGUCUCCUCUCCCCCCAGAGAUCCUUAAUAACAGUGUCUCCUCUCCCCCAGACAUCCUUAAUAACAGUGUCUCCUCUCCCCCAGACAUCCUUAAUAACAGUGUCUCAUCUCCCCCAGACAUCCUUAUUAACAGUGUCUCCUCUCCCCCAGACAUCCUUAAUAACAGUGUCUCCUCUCCCCCAGACAUUCUUAAUAACAGUGUCUCCUCUCCCCCAGACAUCCAGAUCCUCAUGGGUAGUCUGGUGUACCUGCGGCACGGCAUAGAGAACUCUCCCUACCGCUCGCUGCUAGAGACCAACCAGUGGGCUGAGAUCUGUAACAGCUUCACCAGGGACGCUUGCUCUCUGCUGGGGCUUUCUGUAGAGUCACCUCUCAGUGUCAGGUUAGACACACACACACACACACACACACACACACGGCAGUGAGUAUGACGCUGAUAGUAAGAAUCCUUUCAAUGCUCUUGUCUUUGUUUUUCACUGCAGUAUGUAUCUGUGAUUUCCAUGUCUGUUUCUCUGUGUUGAAUGUUAUUCUCUGUCAGUUUUGCGUCAGGCUGCAUGGCUCUGCCAGUCCUGAUGAACAUCAAACAGGUGAUCGAACAGAGACAAUGUAGCGGAGUCUGGACACACAAGGACGAGCUGCCUGUAAGUCUCCCUCUUUAUGCUCUCUCUGCUAUUCUCUCACGACUUUCUCUGGGUGGUGAAUCCUCAGAGUAUUCAUAACAUCUAUAAUACUAUAACCAUUUAAAUGGAUUAUUAAUGAAGGUUGUCAUAGAAGGGUAACGGUCCUGUCUCCUCUCCCUCCAGAUUGAGAUAGACCUGGGGAAGAAGUGCUGGUACCACUCUGUGUUCGCCUGUCCCAUCCUCAGGCAGCAGACGUCAGAGAGCAACCCUCCCAUGAAGCUCAUCUGUGGACACGUCAUCUCCAGAGAUGCCCUCAACAAACUCACCAACGCUGGAAAGUAAGUCUGAUCCAGGUUGACAGACAGGCAGGCACUCAACCAUUGGCAGAGUCAGACCUGUGUAGCUCUGUGGUUAAACGCUCCUGCCUGCCUGUAUAUGUAUGUGUCUAACUCUGUCCUCCAUCUCCUCUCCUCAGACUGAAAUGUCCCUACUGUCCCAUGGAGCAGAACCCGUCAGAUGCAAAGCAGAUCUUCUUUUGAUCCUGUUUCCUGAAACCCCCAGGCAGAGUGGAGC